CAGACGAUAAGGAGAGUCGGAAUGUGGGCGGGAUGCGGAUGUGGGUGGCUGUGGCGCUGAGUGGCGAAGAAGGAAAGUACUUUGGUACUUUGUGUGAGAUUGACGAACGUUAUAGGAAAUAAAGCCUCGCUGUAGCUGCAGUUCCAUGCACCUAUGAGGACAAGACAUACAGUGAAAUGCCAGAAUAUAACAUAAUGCCUGCCAAAUGCUGUUGUUGUAGCUUGCAAACAGCCUCUAUUGUUGUGGGAAUUUUUUCUCUGAUUUUUGCCCUAAUUUUUAUGGGCUUGACUGCAGCAUUCAGUAAUGGUUUAGGGAGAGCUUCAUGUAGUACCAGUAAAUGUACUUCUCCUAGUGAAGCAGAAAAAAUGGUGUCCAAUUUGCUAGCUAUAUUGGCUGUUAUAAAUGCUGUGGAAGUCAUAAUGAGUAUUGGCAUGAUUUGGGGUGCCAGUAAAAGAAUCCUACCCUGGGUGACUGGAUGGCUUCUUGUUUCAGCAUCUUGGAUGUUGCUUCAUAGUACCAUAGCUCUAUCAUUUCUAUUUGCUUCCUCUGACCCAGGAGUUGUUGUUUUGGUAUCAGUACUGGGAAUAAUCAUUUUAGGAACAACCCUUCUGUUUAUGCUCACUGUGACAAGUUUUCAUCAAGAGAUGUCAAAGACAUUGCUUGAUCCAAAUCCGCUUGCACUAGCAUCAGCACCCUCAAUAUCUGUUGAAGAAUUUCCCCCAGCUUAUGAAAACAUCCUAAGCAAGAAAUGAAAUGCUGCCAGUUUAUAAAAUUUGAAAUGUAUGAAUAUUAUAAUAUAAUUUGAAGAAAUUGAAAGAUGAGCAAGUGCAGCAACAUAUUUAGUAUUGCAAGUAUUGUUUAUUUUCACACAUAAUUUAUAUAAAUUUAUAGUUAUGAAUAUACGUUUUCUUAAUUAUUUAUUAAUUUCUGUUUUGCCUAAUUCAAUAUGGUUUGUAAUUAUACAGUUAUUUCACCACAUUUAAAAAGUAAAUUAACACUACAAAUACAUAUAUUCUACUAUAUUUAUUCAACAUAUUGAAUUUCAAUGAAGGAAUUAUUAAUUCUGAAAUAGACCUAGAGUGGCAAUCUGUAUUGUAAACAUUUAAUUGUAAUAUUUUUUAAAUAAAUUGUGUUCAAUGUCCUAUGAAUGAGAAAAAUGUGUAUAAAUGUGUAAAUGUGAAUAAACCUGUAAAAAUAGAUCACGCAAUUAUUAAAAGUUCAUCUGUAGGGGCAAAAUUCCAACUAAUGUAUCAACUGUGCAAUGCACUUUUUUUUAGAAUCAUAACUUGUUCUUAUUAUAAAGAACAAUUAGAAACCAAUCUUUGGUAAUGUCCUGUAAGUAUGGUAUCAUACGACCAACAGAAAAUUAAGGUGUUUCCUUAGUAUUGUCUCUCAUAUCCUCCAUCCUCUUCUCAUUUUCUAACUCCAAUAUGACUCUCUUGCUAAGGAUUUUGGUGGUUUAAACUUCUGUGUGCCUUUAGCUUGCUUUCCAUUAUUUGAAAUUUAUUAAACAGAUUGAACAAUGUAUAAACCUACUGUGAUGAGUCCAGAUAUCCUCUCC